AUGAACUAUCUGCGAAGUGCCACAGCCGACAAUCCACAGAUGCUGAUGAAACUGGCUUCGUUUUAUGAUUCAGUGCACAGUCCCGCGAGGGCUCUCAGUGCUUUGGGCUUGCAGAACCAUCCGUCCACAGCCCAUAUUGCCCAUUAUCGAGAUCCAAUGCACAUGAAAAUAGUCUACCAUGCCGAUCCACGAACCAUGUACCAGAGAGAGCAGUCCUGGCCAGAUGUUGCACCCCCACGACCUCCCGACAAUCCCUUGCUACCUUUGCCGCGGCCGGAUAUGUCGGACGGCUCCGGUUCAGGGCAGCCAGCGGUGCUUGGUCCUCCAGGAUCGGGUCUGGGUGGGGCAGGUGGGGCCUCCGAUGGGGCCGGCGGUGGAGGUGGAGGUGCUGCCAGUGCUGCUCCGUCUGCGGAAGCACCGGCACCAGCAGCAUCUGCAGAUCCCGGGUCUCAAGCUUCAUGCAGUUCUUCACAGGCUGGACAGCUUGCGUGUGGCUCCGCUGCGGAGGCAGCGCUGCUACUGCAUCUUGAGCAUGGCAGCCAACUUAGUCACAGUGCUGCCUCGGAUGAGAUCUUGAAGAAAUACGCCUUGCUCAGCAUAGCACCUCUCUUGGAAGAUGCGCACGGGGGGUCUGCUUGUGAUGCUGUGUUCUCCAUGCCGUUUUCAGAAGCCGCUCUGAGCAGUUUGCGUUGGACUGCGCAAAGUCAUUUGCCAGAAGAUCCGGAGCCUGUCUUGGACUGGAAUUCCUUCACUCUUGCAGGACAUGUGUUUUUGCAGGUCGUGCGAAAGGCCGUUGGAGAUGUUCGCGUGCCCAGAAGCACCGGCAUGCAGAAGUCUGAUUGGGCCGUUUCCUUUCUGAGGGUGAACUCUUUCAAGAAGACAAGUCAUGAUCAGUACCGUGUGUUUGUGGAUUCCAGCCCUGUCAGCCUGCAAUCGAUGGAUGCAGAUGCCGCUGAUGCCGCUGCAACUCCAGUUGUUCUCAGCUUGGAGGCUCUACCUUUGGACAGCUUGUUGCGAAUGCGUAGAUGGGACCACACCAGUGAUUUGUUCUACCACAUGAGGUUGCCAGAUGAUGAUGGCACUGCCCUCAGCAACCUUGAAGACCAAGAGGCGAUUCGAACGUCUUUGCUGCACGAUCUGCUUGCAGCUGGUCCGUAUGUUGUUGCAAGUAACGAUCCUUUGCACAGUGGCAAAUCAGAUCUUUUGCAGAAGCUGGAAAGCCUGGGCCUUGCAACUCGAGACGUGGAAGGUGGCUGGGUUUUGACGCAGCAGGGCCAUCGGCAUGUUCAGGUGUCGACUGCUUUGCAGAGCAACGACAGGGUUUUCAAAGCUCGAGAUGUGCCCUUUGAGGAAAUGGAAAUCAUAGAGCUGCUUCUUUCGCUCCGAGAGAAGGGCUGGGAGCAUCAGAGCGUUGAAUCUAGGAAGUCUUUGGCAGAUGGAGCCAGUUAUACGCAUGGAAGCUCUCCGAAGAUAUGGUAUUAUCUUGCUAGUCAGGUGACCCUGUGCCGAGAGUAUCUCAUCUGCUUGCUCACUGCAGAUCAGCUUGACCAGCCUGUGCCACACUUGCAGACCACAGCCGUCUAUGCAAAGCUUUUGGGGAAGCCUGAGCGCAAGCAGCCUCAGCGGCGACAGGCUGCCAUCAUGUUCAUGGAGGACGAGGAUGUCUGGGUGAGCGAGGCUGCUCUGGUUCCCCGGCCUGAACCCAGGAAACGGGUUAAGCGUAGCCAUGCAAAAAAGGGCCUUCAAUUGGAAGACGCUGCCGACUUCGAAUGCCAAGAUGAGGCCGAGGCGGAAGUGCACGAGGCCGAGGCGGCCGUGGGUGACGAGGCCGAGGCACUGGAGCAACUCGACGCUGAGCUUGAUGCUAGAGAGAAAGAUGCUGUCGCUGAGUGUGGGGACGACAUCCAGGAUGAGGCGGGCUGCGGGCAAAGCCAAGCCAAGGGCAAAGGGUGCUACAAGACGGUCCGAUGCCGGGACGGGGGCACUUCUGCCUCGCCUUUACGAUUUGCGACUGCCCUUUGUUGCGAGUCGAAGGAAGAAGUGAUCAAUCAGAUGUUUCCGAUGAAGCUAGCCAUCAAUUUUGACAUGCGUUUCUUGAUGGUCUUUUGUUGCUGGCUGGCAACGCACGGCCAGAAACAGUCAUGGGGCAAUUCCCUCUCGGGCCGGUAUUCUACGGAUUGGAAUGGCUGCUCUUUGCAAUGCAUGAGUGACGCUGAAGCAGCCUUGUUCCGACAGGAUCCCUGGGCACAUGACCUGAAGCAUGAUCAAAUUGUGGGUGUCGCGUUAUUGGAUGUUGGUUUUCGCUACCACGCUUUAGCAGUCCUGGACCAGGGUCAGCGGGAUCAGUAUAAUUUCUGGCAAGCAGUGUUCGGCACAGAUUGUUUGCACGCGGGAGGGCUUUACUACUUCAAGGUGGAGCAGGUCCUGCCUUUCGCAAAGCCCACGGAACUGCCAGUCACAGACCGUCGCAAGCUGAAGUCGUUCUUCUCAAAGUUGGAUCUUUUUUCUCCUGAAGAUCUUGUAAAGCAACUGUCGCAAGAUUUUGGGGUUCCUCUGCCGGAAUGGGUUGAUUCUGAUUGUCACUUGGUUGUGCGUCUUCCCGGAGCUCAUAGUUUUUUUCUUGCGAGAAAACAUUGGUCCUAUUUUGCCUUGCCAGAUCCUUCCCCGGAGCACUUGUUUUCAGUGGGUGUUCGUCACAGAUCCAGAGUCAUUGGCUGGUCUCAUCUUCCCGACUUGGCCAAUCAGUUUGUUGUGCCACGGCAGGUGCAGAAUUUCGCAGAACCACGAUUGUCUGCAAGUAUGGCUGAAGAAAUUGCUGACACGAUUAGGCAGAUGGCUUUGCGACUCAACCCGAACUCUGAGCAGGAUGCUUCUUUGCUAGAUUCAUGCUAUCGGGCCGCGUACAUGAUGCAGCGUAUGCGCGAUGAGCUUGAUGUCAAUCAUUUGAACAGCAGGGUGCUGCAGUCGCAAGGCCGGGUUUGCACACCGCGACUACCUUUUCAAGCUACGUACAUUAUACAAUGUAUGUUGAUGGGCAGUCACUUGAGAGAUGUUGCAGACUUGAAGCAGGUCCUGCUCAAGGCAGUGGAAAUUGCGCUUCCCAAGGUGUUUGCAGAAGCUGUGUUGGCAACUGUUAAUGGUGAUGCUCAUGGUUUGGGCCUGCGGGUGCCUAGUGCCACCAAGGUAUCCCGAGCAAGGCUCAGUGUCGAUGUUGCAUUGAUGCUGCACCGGCGUUCUGUGAAUGCAAGGGCUGAUGAAGAAGGCGGUGUUGUGAGAUAUGUCAUGGUGGAUUCGUCAGUUCAGGGUCAUUACGACUUUGAGCUCAUCAGAGUUUCAUCCAUGUUGAGAUCGAAUUGCAAAGAUAUGUUUCUCCAUGCCUUGGAGUCACAGAACCUAUGGAGCAGUUAUCUCGAUGCUCCGGACGAUGACGUUUUGGCACGGACAGCUUUGAGAGAGGUCGAGCUGCAGGCAGAGAUGGACUGUUGCAUGGACACACAUUUGCUCCCCGCGGUUGUGCUGGGAAGUGGACAUGCGAAGUUGUACCAUAAGUUUCAUGCUGCUGCUCAUUGCUUUUUCUUGGAGACAGGAAGUGCCUUGGGCCUCGCGAAAUUUGCAGACUCCAUCUUUUCAUUUACCACGGAUCAAGGUGCCGAGAUUGGACUGCACAAGGUGCCUCCUGUACUGGUCAGGAACAUUCUGCCUUGGGUGACGUAUCAGGCCGAGGGUGGGGAUGAGCAUGACUUGGCACCGCCCCUCGCAAACCAGGCAGAUCUUGAAGCUACGAUCGAUUUCAGGAACUCCGUGGGUGUUGCAGGGCUUAUGCACAUCAUACACAAUUCCACUGUUGACUUGGGCAGAUCCAUGUUGACGUUCGAUGCCACUGUGAAGCAGCUGAUAGGCCGGCACCUUCAAGCUGAAAUCAAGUCCUUCCAAGCCAAACUCAAUCCAAGUCGGUGGGGCAGCCUUGCACACUGUGUUGUCGAGCUGUUGCAGAUUGAAGCUAGUCUUCGGUAUGGUUGGAACUUGAACAGAUAUGGGAACCAGCGGGCCAACCAAAACGACGAGGGUGGGUAUGGUGUGGAUCUUGCUAUCGUGGAUUCUGCACUAACGUCUCCAGAGUUCUGGGCCACUUUGAGGAUGUUGCGUUACCUAGCCCAGGUAAUCAAGUCGUGUUUGCAUUGGGCAGAAACUUGUCCAUGCCAUGGCAAACUUCCCCACAAAGACUUUCCUGCAAAGGUAAAGGAUGUCUGGGCCCACUGUCCUUUGAGAGGUUGCAGGGCCCCGGAGCUGGCAGCCCUGGAGUUUCACAACCUUGUGCGGGAAUUGAACAACACCAGUGCUGCAGAGCUUUUGAGCAAUCUCCCCAGAGACAUCAGCCCAGCAUCUCGUGCAACCAUCCUGCAGGAGUUUGAGCGUGGACGUGCGCACCUUGUGUUUGUCCUCAACCUGAGGCUGGAUCAUUGGAGGCACCCGCCCUACUGUGUCUUCGGGUGUGCCCAUUUGUUACCGGCGGUCUCCAAACGAUUUCUCAGGAGGUGCCUUGACAUGCCACGAAGUUCCCAACUGCUGGCCGAGUUACAGCAGUCACCAGUGAGGGAGCAAGCAGAGCAGUACUUGGAGGGUGCUGACAUUGAAGGCUUGCCGGACCUUUUGCAUUUCUUGGGCAAGCUGCGAUAUUGCCCGACCGCAGAGCGAGCAGUGGAAGGCGACCAUGCGCAGAUACACAAAAAGAUCGCCCUGGCCCGGAAUCACACUCCAGCCUAUGUAAGCUUGGGUCGGAGAAUGAACUAUCUGCGAAGUGCCACAGCCGACAAUCCACAGAUGCUGAUGAAACUGGCUUCGUUUUAUGAUUCAGUGCACAGUCCCGCGAGGGCUCUCAGUGCUUUGGGCUUGCAGAACCAUCCGUCCACAGCCCAUAUUGCCCAUUAUCGAGAUCCAAUGCACAUGAAAAUAGUCUACCAUGCCGAUCCACGAACCAUGUACCAGAGAGAGCAGUCCUGGCCAGAUGUUGCACCCCCACGACCUCCCGACAAUCCCUUGCUACCUUUGCCGCGGCCGGAUAUGUCGGACGGCUCCGGUUCAGGGCAGCCAGCGGUGCUUGGUCCUCCAGGAUCGGGUCUGGGUGGGGCAGGUGGGGCCUCCGAUGGGGCCGGCGGUGGAGGUGGAGGUGCUGCCAGUGCUGCUCCGUCUGCGGAAGCACCGGCUGGACAGCUUGCGUGUGGCUCCGCUGCGGAGGCAGCGCUGCUACUGCAUCUUGAGCAUGGCAGCCAACUUAGUCACAGUGCUGCCUCGGAUGAGAUCUUGAAGAAAUACGCCUUGCUCAGCAUAGCACCUCUCUUGGAAGAUGCGCACGGGGGGUCUGCUUGUGAUGCUGUGUUCUCCAUGCCGUUUUCAGAAGCCGCUCUGAGCAGUUUGCGUUGGACUGCGCAAAGUCAUUUGCCAGAAGAUCCGGAGCCUGUCUUGGACUGGAAUUCCUUCACUCUUGCAGGACAUGUGUUUUUGCAGGUCGUGCGAAAGGCCGUUGGAGAUGUUCGCGUGCCCAGAAGCACCGGCAUGCAGAAGUCUGAUUGGGCCGUUUCCUUUCUGAGGGUGAACUCUUUCAAGAAGACAAGUCAUGAUCAGUACCGUGUGUUUGUGGAUUCCAGCCCUGUCAGCCUGCAAUCGAUGGAUGCAGAUGCCGCUGAUGCCGCUGCAACUCCAGUUGUUCUCAGCUUGGAGGCUCUACCUUUGGACAGCUUGUUGCGAAUGCGUAGAUGGGACCACACCAGUGAUUUGUUCUACCACAUGAGGUUGCCAGAUGAUGAUGGCACUGCCCUCAGCAACCUUGAAGACCAAGAGGCGAUUCGAACGUCUUUGCUGCACGAUCUGCUUGCAGCUGGUCCGUAUGUUGUUGCAAGUAACGAUCCUUUGCACAGUGGCAAAUCAGAUCUUUUGCAGAAGCUGGAAAGCCUGGGCCUUGCAACUCGAGACGUGGAAGGUGGCUGGGUUUUGACGCAGCAGGGCCAUCGGCAUGUUCAGGUGUCGACUGCUUUGCAGAGCAACGACAGGGUUUUCAAAGCUCGAGAUGUGCCCUUUGAGGAAAUGGAAAUCAUAGAGCUGCUUCUUUCGCUCCGAGAGAAGGGCUGGGAGCAUCAGAGCGUUGAAUCUAGGAAGUCUUUGGCAGAUGGAGCCAGUUAUACGCAUGGAAGCUCUCCGAAGAUAUGGUAUUAUCUUGCUAGUCAGGUGACCCUGUGCCGAGAGUAUCUCAUCUGCUUGCUCACUGCAGAUCAGCUUGACCAGCCUGUGCCACACUUGCAGACCACAGCCGUCUAUGCAAAGCUUUUGGGGAAGCCUGAGCGCAAGCAGCCUCAGCGGCGACAGGCUGCCAUCAUGUUCAUGGAGGACGAGGAUGUCUGGGUGAGCGAGGCUGCUCUGGUUCCCCGGCCUGAACCCAGGAAACGGGUUAAGCGUAGCCAUGCAAAAAAGGGCCUUCAAUUGGAAGACGCUGCCGACUUCGAAUGCCAAGAUGAGGCCGAGGCGGAAGUGCACGAGGCCGAGGCGGCCGUGGGUGACGAGGCCGAGGCACUGGAGCAACUCGACGCUGAGCUUGAUGCUAGAGAGAAAGAUGCUGUCGCUGAGUGUGGGGACGACAUCCAGGAUGAGGCCGGGGCAGCUGGCAAAGCGGCCUCGAGCUCGUCUUCCUCUUCUUCUUCAUCUUCUAGCAGCGAGGCCGAACCUUCGUCAUCGUCCUCAAGCUCGGGCUCUGAUAGUGGUUCUGAGCCAGCAGCAAGGCGGGCUGCGGGCAAAGCCAAGCCAAGGGCAAAGGGUGCUACAAGACGGUCCGAUGUUGCUGUCAUGUAUGGCCAGUGCAGAAUUACUCCGACAAAGACCGGAUUUCAGAUGACGUGCAAGCAUCCCAAGCAUGAAGGAGAAACUGCCAGCUGCACAAAAACUCGCAGCUCCAACAUCGAUGGGCCGGAUGUCACUUUGCGAAUGCUGAAAUACUGGGCACAGUUAGGCAGAAAGUCGCCUAGCAAGGCAGACCACCAGGGCAAGGUGUGGAAGGUGGUGCUGAAAGCUUUGAAAGAUGGCACUUUGCCAUCCAUGGAGCAACUCGACUCCAAGCCAGUGAAUUCUUUCCGUUGA